AUGGAACAACAGGUCAAGUUUCAAGAUAUCAUCGGCCCGAAUCCGACUUUCGUGGGCCAGUCUGGUACAUUCCCGAAAGAAAGUGGCGUGGCCUCAAUCUGCUCGGGAGUCAUGAUAUCUCCGCCAUGCGUGAGGUACUUGGCAUGCCUCAAGCAGUCCUGGGCUCGUAUCUCGGUUUCCCGAUUUGGAAUGCUAAAAGCUGUCGAACGAAACAGUGCUCUUUUCCUCUACCUAAGUUUCCCCGUUUCUUAUGAGUCUGGGCUUGAUCAGAUUCUUCGCUUCGUGGCCCACAUAGAAAUAUAUAGUCCAACCAAGACCAUCCGCGUACAUUACGAUUCAGCUGACAUAAAGGGGCCACCAGUCACACUACACAUUGCGGAAACUAUCGAUGGCACCUAUAAGGAGACAACCCUUCGGAAGACUUACGAGGACCCUUACACAUCGGUAUUGAAGGAAAUUUACGCAGCCGUCGUAGAGGGCAAGAAUAUCAAAACCACCGCCAAGGAUGCAAGGAAAGAUCUUGAGAUUUUUGGCAUGAUUAUGAGAUCUGAAUUACCUACCAUCGAUGAUAAUGUUAGCGAGACAUAG